UGCGAGUUCAAGAUCAACCAAGGUGUGUCGCAUACGACAUGAUCAGUCCGCGCAAAUAGGUUCGGUACUAGUAGCGGCAGUUGCUGAUGGCCAAACACUACUUGCCUCAAAACGCACUGCUGAUAUCACAAGAUGACGACCGCAUUCGCCUACAAAGCUGCUCCAGUCAAGAGGUGCGCGUAUGGUUCACCGCUAGGACGCAUCAGCUCGAAAUGGAAUUACUGAGCGUCAAGAAUCUGUACAACUCGACGCUCUUCAUCACCCGAAUCCCCACCGAGCUGUUCGUCGAAAUCCUCCGACUCGCUUCCCCGCCUCACGACGUAACAUGGAUCGCCACAGCGAUGGGUGUGUGCAGAUAUUGGCGAGACAUCAUUGCGGCCACGCCUCUCCUCUGGUGCGCAUUCACACUGUUGCAAAACGUGCGGUUCAUGGAGCUGUGCCUGGCACGCUCGAACAACACGCCCAUCUCCAUGGACUUUCGGACGGACGAACGGUUUCGUCGAGGACCUGAAAAUAAUCUUAGUCAGGUUGUUGAGCUGAUGGGCUCGCAUAUUUCACGGCUCAUACGCGUGGACCUCCGCAUUGACCACCUGACCUCGGCGAAAGAACCAGCCAUUGGCCGUCUGUUGCGCUCGCUGGAGUCCUCCUUACCUCGACUGACGUUCAUGAGCCUGGCGGUCAAAGCCGGCUUCGGGCUCCGAGUCACUGCCGGCAGAUCCCUCAGCUUCCACGGGGAGUCCCUCCCGGCCAUCCGUACAAUCAUACUCUCUGGCGUUCAUAUAUCCUUGAACAGUGUGCAUAUCCCUCACUUGACAAAACUGGAACUUCAUGAUAUCAGGCAUACCGACCCCGACCGCGAGGACGAGUUCCUGUCCUCACUACUGGACCUCCUCGAGAGAUGCGUCCAGUUAAACGAAUUUAAGUUCACUUUCGAGAGGCGAAUCCGGCGGAGAGCACUGGUUGAACAAGUGGUCGAGGCAAGUCGCAUCGUGUCGCUACCGCAGAUGGGCCUAUUCGCUUUGUCCGGAUUGUGUACGGAUAUCGCAUCCGUCAUGAUGCACCUGUCGCUACCGCGUCGCGCCGCGCUUUUGUUGGACGCCACGGACGGCAUCGUUGGUACUGCUGGCUCCGGCUCUCGUACACCAAUACUCGAGGCCGUGCUGCCACUCCAUUCCACACAUUCGGUGGCUCUCGAGAAGGUGCAUCUCGCGAGAAUUUUCCAACGUUGUGAUAGCCUUCAUAUCUCCGCAAAAGCGGUUGGAACAUACGGCGGAGAACCAACUCUGCGGGCCACAUAUCCGUUGGACCGCCAAUCCCGGCUCUUGCGCGACGCCAUGCUAGAGCUCAGUUCUUUCCUUCCGUCAUCCUUGCGGACUCUCAUUAUCCACGGUACCGCCGUGCUCAUCACCUCGCAGGACUGGCGCCUUUCGUUGUCAGCUUUCCCGCAACUCAAGCACCUGAAAAUUUACGACUGGUCAGCAAGCAGGGAUAAUUUUCACUUCGCUUCCGCGCUCGAGCCAAGGCCAAGCCGAACUGCGGUCCCAUGCAAACGUCUGCGAAGAGUCGUCCUGAACUACGCGCCGAAGACGGUAGACGGCACUCUGUCCGUGUUCAUGAACAUUCAAGGGGCACUGCAAAAGCGUGCCGAGGUUGGCUCGCGUUUGCCGGAACUACACGUCGAAUUACGGGCACGCGUAGGUAACACUGGCAUAUCUCAAUCGUCAGUGAACGACGCGCUACGGUCAUCAGAGGCAUUCAAUGAGCUACAGCGGAGCCUUGCAUCCGUGGUAGGCACGGUGACUAUCAUCUGGAAAGACUUGGCCCAAAUCGCAUGAUAGCACUCCGAGGACUAUGUAGUAGCGGAUAAACGAUCACGGGUAUUCUUGUGAUACACAACCAUGAUGAUUCCACUUGCUGGUCCCUGUCUCCGUUUUCGCUGUUCUCGCGUCUCAC